UGGCUCAAGCUCGGGCCGGGCGAUCUCUUGUCUCUGCGCUCGCUCCCAAAGAGCUCCGCGGGUCUGCCUUGUCCGCGGCCUGGGCGCGCGGGCGGCGCGCCGUCCUGCCGGAGGAGGGCAUGGGCCGCUUCGCGCCGGACAACUUCGCGGCCUCCAGGCAGCGCGACUUUGCAGUGCUCGUGGCCACCGCCUGCGGCGUCGCCGCCUGCUGCCUCGCGGUGCUCGUGGCCCUGCUGCGGGGCCGGCGCCGCUGCGGGGGCUCCCCCUGGGCGGCGCUGGCGCCGGGCGGCCCGUGCGGCCGGCGGGCGCGCGAGGGCGGCGCCGUGGAGGCCUCGCUGCGCGAGGAGCUGGAUCGCCGGCGGCUGGAGCGCGCGCUGCGGAUGAUCCCAUGGGCAAUGGCAUUGGUCUUUGUAAACUUACUCGUCUUAACGGUCCGCAGUGCGCUGGACGGUGGCUCCGUGAAGAGGUUCGGGUCGACGAUUCAGGACAUCGCGAUCUCCCUCAUGAGCAGCAUCAUAUCCAUGAUGUGGGCAUCGCAGUGGGCGCGCGUCUCCAUCGUGACGCUCAGGUCUCUGGACUACUGGUUCUCUGCGCUGAUGCUUUGCCUGGUGGCCUACAUGUCACCAUAUGCGAUCCGGGCAGACUUGGUAGCCUAUCGCAUGAACAUGUCCUGCGGUUCUGCCCUUUUAUGUUGCUUGUUUAAUUUGAGGCCGUUGGUGAACAUCCCCUGGCUGCUCCUGCUGGGCAUCAUGUCAAGCUACACGCUGAUGUUCGGGGAGAACGCCGAGAAAAUCCAGGACGACGCUUACAGCUCCCAGGACGUCCUUAGCGACGGAAUUCAGAACGUGAUCCUCAUGGUCGUAAUACUCCUCGUGUUCAACCACCUCAUGACCUGCAUCGUGCGCCUGGAGUACGACGCCAAGGGCUCCCGCCGCGAGCUGUCGGCGACCUACUCGGUUCUCCGAAGCGUUUGCGAGGUGGUGGUCGACCUCGACGAAGAGUUCAGACUGCAGAGGCACUCGGGGGAGCUAGCUGACAUGCUAUUCCUGAACCCCCAGCGCAGCCUCAAGAAGGAGGACUUCCGCUCGUUCCUGGCUUCUGAGUCCGACCGCAUCAAGUUCGCGGAGCAGAUGGGGCGGCUGGCGUUGCCGUGUUGCCGGGAGGACUGCACGGACUUGAGCAAGACUUUCCAGGUGUUCAUAAAGGACAGCCAGGGCAUUUCCGUGAACGUGCACGCAGUCGUUGUGCCUUACUUCAGCUGUGACGGGCUCCCGGCAUUCAUGAUGGGCGUCCUGGAGGUGAGCGACUCGAUGCCUCUGCCCAGCCGGAGGGGCCGCACGGAGGAUGAGAUCCAGCCCCAGCGCCAGCGGGUUCGCCAGUCGAAGCAACGCCCGCAGGGGGAACCGCCCAGGCCACCUCUCGGCCCGCAGGAGGAGGCCGGCGGCCACAGCGGCUGCAGCGGCAGCAGCAGCGACGGCGACGGGGGCGCGGACGACAUCACCUCCCGCUCGACGUCUCUCGGGCCAGAGGUUGUCGAGGGGGAUGCCCCCGACGUGUGGUUGGACGCGCUCUCGGGCGGCUGCGUGAUGCUGCACUUCACCGACAGCUUUCAGCACUGGUUCGGCCCCUGCCAGGAAGGCGAGCCGUUCCUGCCGUGGAUCAAGAUAAACCACCGCGAGCAGUUUGCGGCGUGGAUCCAGGAGUCGUGGCAGGCCCUCCAGAAUGGCGAAGCCUCCAUCGAGAUCUUCCCGCGCGCCCUUCACUUCCUUCGCUGCGCCAGCACCGGCUCGCCUUCUCGGCCACGGUCUUCCUGCGCUUGGACGCCAUCCCUGCGGCGCCCGAGCGAGAAAGGGGCAUCGUGCGCAUGACCCUCACAGCGUCAGGCGCCUCGCGUCCAGCUCCGGCGGACCCCACGGCGACGGUCACCACGGCCGCGGGCCCGUCCAGCUGCUGCCGCCGCAGCCAAGUGACCUCCACUUAAUGGCUGCGGUGGCCAGACGCGCAGGAGAGCGUCAUGGCGUCUCGCUGUGAUUCUCUGCCUCUGGGGGUCUGAGGUGGUCCAGCACUGGUUCUGGCCAGCGAGAAACGCGUGCAGGUUCGAGGUGCUGGGUUUAGGUAACCAUUUGUUUUUGUUGUGGCUAUUCGGGCGGACCCAAACACCG